AUGAACACCAGUUCAACCCAAGAAACGCCUUCUCCCACGAAGCUGAUCACGACCUGCGAGGAAGUUGGCCUCUUCCAGGAUCUCCCAACUUCCAAUCCCUUCGAUGAAGUGUUCCGCAGAGCCGCCGAAGGGAAAUAUCAACCCACUUUGGUCAUCAGCUCCUCCCCCUUAAACACACCUCAGGUUCUACCUCAGCAAUUAGAAAUCCCACAAAUUUCUUCAGGAUCUAACAGUCCUCAGGGAGAUGACACAAUAUCCAACUUGCCUGUCAUAAAACCAAAGGGAGAAGAACUGACACCUGCUGCAGAUAACACUCGAGAUGAACCCAGCAUCAACAGACUUGUGGCCUGUCAGCAUCCAAUCUCUACUGAGUCAAGCAUAUUGCUGGUGUUUCAUGGUGCUGUAUUUCUCCGUUACCUCAUCUGUUAUGGUAUUUUGAUUUAUUUUCCAUCAGCUCAGCUCACAUCUAAUUUACAUAUUCUCACCAAAGGUGAUGCCACAUAA